UCCUUGCGUUUCAUCCCCUUUCGCUAGUUAAUUUUUAUAUUCCUGCAAUUUACUGUGCCAGGUCAAUUUCAAUUAUAAUUUCAUCGGCCCUAUUGUUUUUCGGCCGAGCCACUACCUAACCAAAAAAAAUUUAUCUCCGAAAGACAGAGUCAUCGGGCCAACCGCAUUCCCAGUCUUUUCCUUAAUCCGAAUCAAAUCCCGUUAUAUCAAUUGAUAAAGCCGGUCAUUCAGAUUUCCUAAUAUACUUUUUAAUUGCUACAUUUGGAUACUUUUUACUCCGCCUAGUUUUCUCCCUGACAGUUUAUAGUCACAAGUUCCUUUUCAAAAAAUAAAAAAGGCAACCAAUAACCUUAGAUAACGCGCCAUCCUUAAUACAACCCACACACCAUUAAAUACAAUAUGAAGCUCAUAACAUUGUUAUACUUGUUUGCCGGUAUAUCCAUGGCUAUGGAAAUGGACCAUGACCAUGAUGCCAGAGAACAUGGACAUCCAAGUGCCACCAAAACUGAAGUUGCAACCAAAUCUGCCAACAGUACUAUUAGUCCAAUUCCUCACGUUGAACACCAUAUGCACGGAGUUCCUAUCUUAGAAAUGGAUUUGCUUCCCGAAGAAAGAUUGUUUUGGGAAAACUACAAUACAACUACUUACUUCAAUGUUCCAACCAAACAUCGUCCUGCCUUGUAUCUUCACAUUGGAUUUGCCUUAACCACCAUUGUGUUUAUUUACCCAAUUGCUCUUAUUUUUAACAACUUGAAUAUGCAGAAAUCGUACAUGACAACUUUGAUAGUUCAUUCUGGAUUUAUCGGGUUUGCUUUGUUGAAUUAUUCCAUUUUCAUUAAUUCAAUUCCUAAUUUGUAUCCUGGUAACGCAUAUUCUAAGAUGAUGGUAAUUUUGUUUGUCACUACCAUUUUACAAUUAGUUUUUGCCUUGAUUAGGUCAAUUGAUCCUAAUACUGCUGGUUCUGACUAUUACACUUUGCAUUCUGAUGAUGAGCUGAGAAGUUCUCUUACACACGAUGAAGAAGAUUCAGUACAUCACAUUGAAAAGAGAAUUGGUAACAAUAGCAAUAAUUUCUUUGGUAAAUUAAUGAAAUUAAGAAUUUGGAUUGCUCAAACUAAGUUUCACAAGGUUUCUGUUAUUGGGUUCAAUUUCCUUAACUGGGGUCAUUUCUUUUACUUUAUAAUCACUGUCCCAACUGGGAUUGCCACAUUCUUGGUUUAUGGAAAGGGGAACACUGUGUUUAACUUGUUGGCCCAUUUCAUUAAAGGUGGGGUGUUUUUUGCUUAUGGUAUCUUGACCUUGGCCAGAUAUUCUGGUGGUUUCUUGAACAAAGGGUGGGCAUGGAAUCAUAAAUUCGUUGACCGUGCUAAUCGUAGCAGAUGGUUCUCUUUCCAAAACCAAGGACUUUGGACUAUGGAAAUGAUGGAAUGUUCGUUGAUUUUGUUUUAUGGAUCCACCAAUAUCUUUUUGGAACAUUUGGCCAAUUCUGGCGGGGAAUGGUCACCCAAGGAUUUGCAACAUGCUUCAAUUGCAUUCAUUUACAUUGGAUGUGGAUUAUGUGGGGUUAUUUGUGAAAACAAAUUACAGGAUUGGAGAUUUCACCAAGCCAAGGAGAACUUGUUAAAGGCAGACCCAGCCCAAGAUCUUAGUGUUAUCACCAAGGCUAGUCCAGGAUACUCACCAAACCCAUUCCCAGUUGUCACUAUUUACUGGACUGGUAUUCUUAUGUCAGCCCAUCAACAAGCUAGUGCUUUAUCCACCGCAAUACACGCGCAAUGGGGGAACUUGUUUGUUCUUGGUUGUGCCUUUAGAUUCCUCACGUAUUUAUUGAUGCUUUUGUCGUCAAAGCUUCCUCAUGAUUUGACUCGUGCAGGAAGACCAAUUACCGAAUUGAUGGUUGCAUUCUGUUUACUUUGUGGAGGUGUUAUAUUUAUGGAAAGUACCGAUCCCGUAGUUUUAUCCUUUGAAUAUUAUGGAUUGACUGAAAUGUUCACUUUGAACCUUUCUUUGGGAUUUGUUACUUUGUUUAUGGCAUGGAUAAUGUCAUUGUUUGCAUUUAAAGAUUGGUUAAAAAGCAAGCACAAGAAAGAAGAGCAACAAGUUUAGAGGGUCUUAAUACUGUCUCCCUUUCUCCUGAUCCCUCUGAUGUUCUUCGUUUUGUUUUAUUUUAAUUGUUUUUUUUGUUUUUUUGCUUGUAUGACUUAUUUGCUAAUUUGUUUACUUUUAUUUAAUGAGGGGAGUUAAUAUUAAUUAGAGAAACGAGGAUGUAUGUAUUCCUAAUUCUUAAUGCAUGUUUUAUAUAUGCAUAUAGCUAAUUUAAUAAAGUUUAAUUAUGAAUUU